AUGGCUUAUUCAAACUCAAAUGUUUUCAAAUUCUCAAUUAUCUUAAUUGUAAUAUUUGCAUUUAAGAUUAGAGACAUCGCAACUUUUAGUAUAAAUCCUAGGGUUACUGUUACAAUUAAGGAUGUUAUAUCAGGAUCGGUAAGACUAACUGUUCAUUGUAAAUCUAAAGAUGACGAUCUUGGAUUUCAUACACUGCAAUCCGGGCAAAUUUAUAGGUUUUCAUUCAAACCAAGUGCUAUAAUAACGAUUAAUACUUUAUUCUUCUGCGCUUUUACAUGGCCAGGAAGCCCCUAUCGUCACUAUCUUGACGUUUACGAUCAAAAGAGAAACACUUGCACAAAUUGCUAUUGGUUAAUUAGUCAACAAGGUGGUUGUUUGAAUGGUCAAUGUAGAGUUUGGCAACGUAUUGAAUCAAUUGAUGUAAAAAACAGUACUUCCAAGAUGUAG